GAGUGAGAGAGAGGUAGAAAAUAGAGAAAGGCCCCAGUGACAGAGGGAGAGAUAUCCUGCAGAACCUACUCUUGUAUACAAGGCAACCGCACAGAACGGAUUAAAGUCAAGCAGUUUCACGCGACUGUGACACAAAAUCGAGAGUGAGAUGAUGACUCCUCGCGCGGUAGCUGAGGACGACGGGAUGAGAGCGAGAGAAGAUGCUGUGAUAUGCACAUAGCCAGCACAAGAGGGAGGGAGGGGGAGAGGAGUCUCCGACGCUAGUUAAAGAUGCUUGUUUUUUGACCAGGAAUGUGUUCUGCACAAAUAAAGCAAGGGGUUUCUGCAAAAAGAAGAAAAAAAAACCACACUACGUGUAUCGUACAACGAUGAAAUGUACAAUUGUUUGGGACGCGCGCGGUGGAUUAAUAGCUGGAAGUGAUUGAAGACACUGAGGCUUUUCCUUCGCGAAAGGGUGGCUGUUUUCUCCCUUACUGUUCUCCAAUAUUUCCGGAUGUGAGGCCUGGAAUAAACCGUAGUUUACGACAGGACGAUCAUAGGGUGAUCAUUCUUCACAUCAACAUUUUGACUUAAAUCAAAGACGAAACACUCAAUGCUGCUGACGCCUUAUUGACAAAAGAGUAUGCACUUAAAUUAGAAAAAUAUGUUUAAACAAGAUGUGUGGUUGUUUCGCAGGAUGGAUAUGGCAAAGUUUUUCACAAAUAGGCCACUUCCAGUUUGAUGAUAACGGUAGGCUACAUGAAUAUCUGUUUUAAAGAUACCGGAUAAUAUAAACCGAUGACUUCACCAGUCUGUCUAAUAUUCUUAUUGUCUUUAGCUGCCACAAUCAUUGUGCAUCACAGCUGUUCGUAGCUUUUUCUCAAAACGCUUUUGUGAAUUUUUCACAAAAUAUAGUAUUAAUCGUGGCCCCCUCCAACAAAUAUCACAGGCCCUUUAAACCGCAGUAACAGCUAGGGUAUAGGCCUAGCUGGACACACAAACCUGUUUUUUUGUUUCUAUUUUAUUCACGCAAACGGAAAAUGUUACCGAUUGAUUUCCAUCAGAUGUUUGGGAGUAGGCCACGGCAGUGACAUCACGCCUCAGCAUCCUGUGUCAUCGCUCGCCGUCUGUGAUGUCUACGGCGGAGCUAUUACGUGAGCAGGACAGAUUCCCGUGGAUACACUUUGAAAACACACUGAUUACCCCCAUAUACUGAGAAAUAUACGCGAAUUUGAACGAAAUGUCCAGUAAGGAGCUGCCGGGGAGUCAAGCAGCUCAGUAUGUCGGGCCCUACCGACUAGAAAAGACGCUGGGGAAGGGCCAGACAGGUCUGGUGAAGUUAGGAGUUCAUUGUAUUACAGGACAGAAAGUGGCCAUAAAGAUAGUUAACAGAGAAAAGCUAUCGGAAUCUGUUCUUAUGAAAGUGGAGAGAGAGAUAGCUAUUCUUAAACUAAUAGAGCACCCUCAUGUCCUUAAACUGCAUGAUGUGUACGAGAAUAACAAAUAUCUGUAUCUAGUGCUGGAGCACGUAUCUGGUGGGGAGCUUUUUGACUACCUUGUAAAGAAAGGCAGAUUGACCCCUAAAGAGGCCAGAAAGUUCUUCAGACAAAUCAUAUCUGCUCUGGACUUCUGUCACAACCACUCGAUAUGCCACAGAGAUCUUAAGCCUGAAAACCUCCUGUUGGAUGAGAAGAAUAAUAUCAGAAUUGCAGACUUUGGCAUGGCCUCCCUGCAGGUUGGGGACAGCCUGCUGGAGACCAGCUGUGGAUCACCCCAUUAUGCAUGUCCUGAGGUCAUCAGGGGAGAGAAAUAUGAUGGACGCAGGGCAGAUGUAUGGAGCUGUGGGGUUAUUCUAUUUGCUCUGCUGGUGGGAGCAUUGCCCUUUGACCAUGAUAACCUGCGUCAGUUGUUGGAGAAGGUGAAGAGUGGAGUAUUUCACAUGCCUCACUUCAUUCCUCCAGACUGCCAGGCUCUCCUCCGUGGCAUGAUUGAGGUCAACCCUGAGAAACGCCUCACGUUGGAAGAUAUACAGAAGCACCCCUGGUAUCAAGGGGGAAGGAAUGAGCCCUGUCCAGAGCGGCCACCUCCGAGGCGUGUGUGUGUGAAGAGGAUUUUGUCGCUUACAGAUCUGGACCCUGAUGUUCUGGAGAGUAUGCAUUCCCUGGGCUGUUUCAGAGACCGUGUCAAACUCACCAGAGAUCUGCAGUGUGAAGAAGAAAACCAGGAGAAGUUGAUCUACUAUCUUCUGUUGGACAGGAAAGAGCGCUACCCAAGCUAUGAAGAUGAACAUCUUCCACCCAGAAAUGAUGUCGAUCCUCCCCGAAAGAGGGUGGACUCGCCCAUGUUGACCCGUCAUGGGCGCUGCCGGCCAGAGAGAAAGAGUCUGGAGGUACUGAGUGUGACAGAGCAGGGCUCUCCGACACCUCCCCGCAGAGCACUGGACACCUCUGCACAUAGCCAGAGGUCUCGCUCAGUUAGCGGAGCUUCAACUGGCCUCUCGUCCAGUCCCCUCAGCAGCCCGAGAAGCCCAGUUUUCACUUUCAGCCAAACUGAGGUCACCUCUGCUUCCACCACCCAGUCCAAAGACCCAAAACCAGGAAGUUCCACCACACCCAGGGUGUCCCAACGUGUGCCUGACCAAAAAACCCAGACCCUACCCUCCAAAGCACCCUCAGAGCGUCCCCACCUGCAGACUAUGAAGUCCCUCCCCCUGCAGACUCCCCCGUCUCCUUCCCCUUCCCCCUCUCCGCUCCUCUCCCCCAUCCCUCGCUUCUUCUUCCCUACUCCUUCUGUCCUGAAGUCUGUCACUAAGACCAUCUAUCCUAACUCUGCCCAUGUGUCGCAGGUUACCCCACAGGGUUCCCCACUCCCCACCCCUCUGGGGACCCCUGUGCACCAUCCCCAGCACCCCCCUCCCACCCCGCCCUCCUCCUCCUCCUCUUCCUGCUCCUCACGAGCUGAAGGGGGUGGUGGUGUGGGUGGUGGUUCCCUCUCCCUAACCCCACCCUCCAGCCCUGGGGGAAGUGGUGGAAUGGCUGCCAGUAGUUCUGCCCACUGGAGGACACGCCUAAACUCCUUCAAGAACAACCUGCUGGGUUCGCCACGCUUUCAUCGCCGAAGACUUCAGGUUCCUACGUCAGAGGACAUGUCAAGUUUAACUCCAGAGUCCAGCCCAGAGCUGGCGAAGAAGUCCUGGUUUGGAAAUUUCAUCAGUCUGGAGAGGGAAGAGCAGAUUUUUGUGGUGAUUAGAGACAAACCACUGAGCUCUAUCAAGGCUGAUAUUGUCCACGCCUUUCUAUCAAUUCCCUCCCUGAGUCACAGUGUGAUCUCUCAGACAAGUUUCCGUGCAGAGUACAAGUCCUCUGGAGGUCCGUCUGUCUUCCAGAAGCCUGUUAAAUUUCAGGUUGACAUUGCCUUCUCUGAGGGAGAGAGAGAACGGGAGGGAAAAAGGGAAACUGGCAUAUACAGUGUCACCUUCACCUUAUUAUCAGGUCCUAGUCGCAGGUUUAAAAGAGUGGUGGAGACUAUUCAGGCUCAACUUCUCAGUACACAUGACGAGACCGGUGUGCAGACACUUGCAGAUGAGAAGAAUGGACUUUCGUCACGCCCACCCAGCACACCAACCCGUCAGAACUCUCGUCGCUCGGAGGGGGGGGGUGAUCGCGGUGAGCGGGCAGAACGAGGAGAGCGAGGAGAAGGGAGCAGUAUUGGGGGCAGUGGGAGUGUUCUACAAAGGAAAGGGUCUGGCAAGGAUAAAACCCGCCUCCUUUCCUCAAAUGGAACCCAGUCUCAGCCCUAAGUGAACUCUUCAGAAUAUCUGUAGUGGGCACAAUAAGCCCCUCCCCUGUUUUCCCCCUAAAUAUGACUCCCUCUUAGACGAUCUGCACAGUAAAUUACAACAGGUAUACUCAGCCCAGAUUCUCACAUUACUAGCGGAAACCCUGUGGUCCAGCAGCAACAGUUAGAUAGUCAGGAGUCUAUCCACAUGGAAGUGUUCUUACUCCUUGACAAUAACGUGCAAAUAAUCAAUUGAAGAAAACGAAACUUCCAGAGACGAUGAAAUCACAAAUCUUUCUUAGGAGCAAUGGAUUCUAAAUGUGAAAACAACAAGAUGUACAGCUCAAUGCAAACCCCAGCUAUAAAUCAUUUCAUUCUGCAACAAGGAGUUUGACAUCCAUGGUCAUAUCCAGUAAUCAAACUGGCAACAAACUGUCUAUGCAGACAAGCUUAUGGAGGAACAAACAGCAAGAGGGUCAGGAAGGAAUAUUCAUCAUCAUCAUUGCCAUCAUCACUGUUAUCACCAUUCUAAUGAGCAAUGAUCCAUCUGAAAAUCCAUAAGAAUAUCACAAUGAGUUGUUUAAGAUUGUGAAAAGGAAACUGAAAGUUGUUAAUUCUUAACACCACAUGGAGCACAAAUAGGUAUUUUAAAAAGGAAUCAAAAAUAGCAGAAUCUAAAUUUUAUAACCCUAGGAUGCUACUUGAAGUAGUCAAAGUCCUUUGUGGCUAUACUUUCAUGAGUUAAACACAGAUUAUGCCUUCUACCUGGAAAAAACUAGUGCAAUGUUUAGUGUUGGAAGAUAUGGGCUACUUUAAACACUAAUCAUUCGUAUUCAUGUUGUAGAUCCUGAACUGUGAUAUUUUGUAGAUCUAAAACUAUUUGACAAAAUCAGUAGUUUCAGAAACGUAGUUAAGAGCUGCCCACUGGAAGAUGCUUACUCAUUGGUCUGUUGUAAGUCAUCACAGUUCUCAGAGAUUCUCAAAUCCACUACCCCACUUACUAAGCAGGGCACAGAGAAAUUAACAGGCAUUAAGAAUCCUAUUACAUGUUAAUACAGAAACCGGAGGUACAAUAUAGCCAGAGUCAAACUCUCUAGUGUCAGACAAAGAAGCAAGGAGAGGAAAAGAAUCUUAAAGGCCUCCACCCUAAUGUGAUGUUUGGUAGAAUUUCCCAAAUGAAUGGAUGUCAAAAAGUCAUUUUGGUUUCCUCUUUUAAACUUAUAUUUUUGAGAUGAGGUGUGAAAAGUUUGCCAUAAAAAAUAAAAAUAAAAAAUAAAAAUACAAACAAAAAAAAAAACAAAAACAAAUUAAUGUCUAAAACAAACACAAAGAGAUAUUUUAAUAUUUUUUGGUUUAUUUAAAGACUUAUUUAUUUAAAUUAAUAUUUAUUUAUUUAUUUUAUUAUUUAAAUGCAGGCAAUUAAAGUAUAAAAACUUUGUGUUUGUUUCCAUAUAAAAAAGAAAUGCUGCAAAAUUUCCUUUUAAAACGAAUUUCAAUAGUCUGAGUUCUCUCAUCUCAUUUUCAUUUCAUUUCAAAAAGCAGAAAACUGGAGAACAACUUUGAGAAAUCAACCAAGCAAUGACUCCAUGCCUUGCAAGUCUCCCACGUGGAAUACAUUUCUAAACCCUCCAGGAUGUACAAUGUAAAGACUGGAAUAAACCUUAUGGAGGCAGUGGAACAAAACAGGGCAUAAGAGGGAAUAUUUAGCCCUCUGUGUUCACUCUCCAUCUUUGAGAAUGUUACAGAAAAGAGCCCAAAGUUUCGGACUCGUGUGUACCAGGCCAGUCCUUUGUACUAAAUGCGAGCAGUAUUCUCUCUUUUUUCACCCAUGUACAAACACAUACAGACUCAAAAGACACAAAAUGACUGUAAAUGAGAAGACUCCUUCUCAAAACUGAUAAUACAGAACAAAAUGAAUGAAAACUGGACUUUGAAACUGGAAUGCACUGUCCUAAAAAGAGAAUUGUAUUCAAACAAAUAGUUGUCCCUUUCUUCACCCACACAAGGGAAUCGGUGAAGUGCUCUCUUAAGUGCAGACUCAGGAUCAGUGGGGCUUUUUUAGCUCAUUAAGUUAAAGAUCAGGUGAUGAAUGGGGGGGAACCCUGAUCCUGAAUAUCCAUUUAAAGGCUCUUUCUCCAAUAAGCCUCUGUAGCCCAGAAUCUUACCAUAAUGCUCCUUUUCCCACCCUCUCUGGUCCAUCCUUUUCCUGACACAAAGAGCAAUGAAUGCAAAGCAAGGUUUUGCUCUGGUCCUCCCUCCGCUCACCUCCCGCAACCAUAACAUUUGCUCCCUUCCCAAAAUAAACAACAACUGGGAAUACCACUUUGACUGUUUUGUCAUCAAGAUGCUCAUGCAUCAUCAUGAGGUUUUGAAAUGACUUUAAAUAGCACAUUCAAUAUAUUUCACUAGAUCUUAGGAUGACUGGUAAGUCUGUUUCAAACUGUUGAAUGUUCAGGUGCAUUGGUCAUUAGUUAUAAUAAAUGCCUUAAAUCAAAAUAUACAAAAAGGUUAGCAUGCGCACUCUUAAACAUGCUCAGGGUCUCAGCCGGACCCAAUCACUUGCAAAUGCCCAAGCAGAGGCAGAGGAAAUGCCAGAGCAAAACCCUGAGGAUGUUCUAUGUUCAAUUAUGUUAAUUCUCAGGCAGGGUAAGUCUGGGAGUGUGCAAAUACAGACUGUCUGGACACCAGCUCUGAGUGAAUGUGAAAUACAACUCCACAUACUUUCUCUGUGUCCUCACCUGGAUGUGUCUGAUCCUCGUUCCUUUUACAUUAUGCACUGAAUGAUAUUCUGUUUUUGUUACUCAUCUAUCCCUUGAAACACAUACACCACACAUAUCACAUUUCAUAUGUAUCCUUAGUCUUCACUCAUUUACCAUACAUUAUAUACCUCGUCCCCAGUCAUAGAAUUAUACUUUAGUCCCUCUUCUAUCAUUAUAUACAUAUGCCCUGCCUGCCCCCAGUGUAUGCUCAUUCCCCCUAAUCUCUGUUCAUUAUAAACAGAAAAUAUUACUCAUAUCUUCGUUCUUUAUCCAUUCUAUAGUCAACUGAUGAUUAUUGAUUAUCUUUGUCGUCAUUACGGAUUACUCCUCUUAAGAUUGUAAAGCUGUACUCUUUCUUCCCCAUCGCACACAGUAGGAACUUUUUUCAUGAGAAAUGCAAGUCAUGAAAUUGGAGGGGGAAAAUAAUGAUGAGAAAAUAAAUGUCUGUGUUAUAAUAAAAAAAUUAAAGUGCACUAUUAUUAUUGCCUGUGAUCAAGAACAAUAAACAAUACAA